AUGUCCACGGAUCUCCUCCGCUAUGACGGAAGCAAAUCGAAUAUCAUGACCACGACUGCGGCGCAAACAAACAGCGCAGGCACUACAUUACCCGACCAUGACGCCGCCAUGACGGCAAAGAGGGAAGGAGGCGCAAAUAUGGAGCCGAAGAGGCAGAAGAUGGAUAGGAACAGCAUGGAAUAUCUGAUCAAGAGUGGACUGGCGGGUGGAUUCGCAGGAUGUGCUGCAAAGACAGUAGUAGGCCCCCUCGACCGCGUCAAGAUCCUCUUCCAAACCCGCAACCCCCAAUUCGCAAAGUACGCCGGCUCCUGGAGUGGCUUCCCGACCGCAAUACGCGACAUCUACGUUAGCACCGGCGUGCGCGGGCUCUUUAAAGGGCACUCGGCAACCCUCCUCCGCAUCUUCCCCUACGCGGGCAUCAAAUUCCUCGCCUACGAGCAAAUACGCGGCCGCAUAAUAAAGAACCAGGCGCAGGAAACACCCACGCGACGAUUCCUCUCGGGGAGUCUAGCAGGCAUGAUGAGCGUCUUCCUCACAUAUCCACUAGAAGUCAUUCGGGUGCGCCUUGCCUUCGAGACCAGCGAGCAAGGCCGUAGCAGUCUCGCAACCAUUGUACGCAAAAUCUACGCCGAGCAGGCACCACGCGUAUCGCAACCGAAGAACCCCAUCACCGCAACCGCGACACACGUCGUCGAAAAGGUCACACCGCGCUCUGGCCUCUCCAACUUCUUCCGCGGCUUCACACCCACACUACUCGGCAUGAUACCCUACGCAGGCGCUUCCUUUCUCGCUCACGACUCCAUGUCCGAUCUCCUGCGCAUACCCGUUCUCGCUCCGUAUACCACGUUACCGAACACCUCGCGCGAGGAAUCGAGUACCACGAGUCACAAACCCGCGCAGCUGCGGUACUGGGCUGAGCUGACGAGCGGCGGUAUCGCAGGCUUCUUUUCACAAACUGUGUCGUACCCUCUGGAAGUUAUACGGCGGCGCAUGCAGGUUGGUGGUGUCGUAGGCGAUGGACACAGGCUUAGUAUACCGGAAGUCACGAGGAGGAUAUACAUGGAGCGGGGUUAUAAGGGAUUCUUUGUGGGAUUGACGAUUGGCUAUGUCAAGGUCGUUCCCAUGGCUGCCGUCAGCUUCUAUGCAUAUGAGCGGGGGAAGUACUAUCUGGGUAUAUAA